CACAACUCCAACUCCAACUCCACUCCUCUCCAACUUCCAUCCAUGCCAUGACUGAGCUGAAAGGAUCUUGACUUAUACCAGCAAUCUUAUGCCAUUUCAUACCGUUAUGCAUCAAUCGUUGUAGAGAUAGUCCCGUAUUUCCUCCCUCUUCGGUCUUCUUGCCGCACACCCCCAUCUUAUGCCGUCAGUUUCCCGCCUGAAACCCGACUGUUGAUUCUUGUCAAGCCAAACAAACGAAUAGUGGUGGAGCCCGGCUCCAUGCAGAAUCGCUGAGCGCAUCAAUCUUGUCCAUCACGAGCCAACAACCUGGGCUGAAAAGAGGAGAGAGGGGAGCGCCAAGCCCCGACUUACCAAACCCACUCCGCAGUGGAUAAAUCCUAGGAAGCAAACGUUCCCCGAUUCCCCCGAUUCCCCCGUCAUCCCCGAUAGGUGAAUCUAUUCUACGUGGAGCUGCCUGCCAACGCUCCACUUGAAGCACACAUUCAUAUCAAACAUGGCUCAAAACUCUCAACUAUCACAACGGCCUUCAUUGCCAGCAAACCUCUCAACUGACUCACUGGGCUUUGUACAUAUAGACGUCCCCACGACAAGUCCGGACGUUUCAGAACACACGGACAUCAAUAUGGCAGAGACUCACACAUUCCCCAAAGAUCUCCCGGACUGGAGCAAUCUGAAGGUCCUUCACAGAAAUACUCUUCCGGCAAGAGCUUCUUUCUUCCUGUACGAUACUCCGGAGGAUGCAUUGACACGUGAUGUGUCAAGGUCGAAAACUCUUUCUCUGUCUGGAACAUGGAAAUUCGAUGUGGUUAAAAGCCCCUUCGAUACACCCGAGAACUUCCAGGAGCCGAAAUUCGACACUUCAAAAUGGGGAGAUAUCCAGGUUCCAGGGAUGUGGCAAUUGCAAGGCUAUGGGAAGGGCCCAAACUACCUUAACAUCAGAUAUCCUUUUCCAGUGGAUCCACCUCAUGUACCAUAUGAUGAAAAUGAGACUGGAAGUUAUAUCCGGACUUUCACUGUCCCAAAUUCGUUCAAAGAUCAUCAACUCAGAUUGAGAUUUGAAGGUGUUGACUCGUCGUAUCACGUUUGGGUCAAUGGUACAGAAGUGGGGUAUUCUCAGGGUUCGCGAGAACCAUCAGAAUUUGAUAUCACAUCCCUCGUUGACCUUGAAGGGGACAACACUCUCGCAGUUCAGGUUUACCAAUUCUGUGAUGGAAGCUAUAUUGAAGAUCAGGAUCAAUGGUGGUUGAGUGGAAUCUUCAGAGAUGUAAAUCUGCUGGCAUUCCCAAAAUUUCACAUCCAAGAUUACCAGAUCGAGACCAAGCUAGAUUCAGAAUACAAGGAUGCGACACUCAAGAUCAGACUCGACAUGAGCGAAAGCUCUCAAGUAGACGUCAAACUCUUAGACGCUUCCGGAGCCACCAUCGCAACAGUCUCUCAAAAGAGUGCUGCAAAUACCAACUUCAACAUUCCAGUCAAAGACCCCAAGAAAUGGACAGCUGAGACUCCAUAUCUCUACCAACUCGUGAUCUCUACACCCGACUGUGCAGUCUCACAACGAGUCGGAUUCCGCACUGCUGAGCUCAAGAACGGCAUCUUCGUAGUCAAUGGCAAGCCAGUCAAGUUUCGCGGCGUCAACCGUCAUGAGCACCAUCCAGACCACGGACGAGCCGUUCCUUACGAUUUCAUGGUCAAGGAUCUCCUGCUCAUGAAGACACACAACAUCAACGCCAUCCGUACAUCCCAUCAACUGAAUGAUCCUCGAAUGUAUGAUGUAGCAGAUGAACUCGGUCUUUGGGUGAUGGAUGAAUGUGAUCUCGAAUGCCAUGGCUUUGGCGAGAUUGAUGAGAGUGCUAUUCCAGAAGAGUUCAAACAUCUUCCAGAUAUUGACAAGGUUGGCAUCAGGACACGAGAUCCCGGUCGCUGGACUUCAGACAAUCCUGAGUGGGAAGAAGCGUAUGUCGAUCGUGCUCGUCAAGCUGUGACGAGAGACAAGAACCAUGCAUGUAUCAUCAUGUGGUCUCUUGGAAACGAGGCUUUCUACGGCCGUAACCACCAGAAGAUGUAUGAUUUCAUCAAGGCGUAUGACCCAACCAGACUCAUUCAUUACGAGGGAGAUUAUCAGGCGAAGACUGUCGACAUCUACAGUCGGAUGUACGCUUCGGUGGACGAUAUUAUCAAUUUCGCGACCGAGAGCAAGACUUGGGAGAAGCCGAUGGUUCUGUGUGAGUAUGUCCAUGCUAUGGGCAACGGACCUGGGAAUAUCAAGGAGUAUAUCGAUGCUUUCUACAAGUAUCCAAGACUUAUGGGUGGGUUUGUUUGGGAGUGGGCGAAUCACGGUCUGAGAACCAAGAACGACGAAGGUGUGGAGUACUACGCUUAUGGUGGUGAUUUCGGAGAUGUUCCUAAUGACGGACACUUCGUCAUGGAUGGUGUUUUGCACUCUGACCAUACUCCAAACCCGGGUCUCAUCGAAUAUCAGAAGGCUAUUGAACCAGUUCAAGUUCUUAGUGGAACAAAAGACAAAGUCAAGAUCAUUAACCGCUAUGAUCAUAUCACCCUGGACCAUCUUAAGUGCGAGUGGACACUCGUAGGAGAUGGAUUUAGGAGAGCUGGACAGGAAGUGAAGAUUCCAAAAGAUGUCAACCCAGGAGAUACUGUCGAACUAGAGAUUACCGGCCUCACCGACCUCCCCUCCCAAGAAACCUAUCUCGAGUUGAACUUCACCCUCCGCACUGCCACCAACUGGGCACCUGCAGACCACCUCAUAGCCUGGGGCCAAGUCCAACUCCAUGCUCCGCCGACACUCACCCAACUCAAAGCCCUCUCCUCCCCAAACGCUCCAAAAUACAAGCAAAUCACCCCUCAACUCCUCGAAAUCACCAGCUCCAAGGGCAUCCAAUGGACCUUCAACAUCGUCCACGGCACCCUCACAUCCUGGAAAUCCUCCCCCAACGGCACAAACCUCAUCGUCUCCCCACCCACCAUGGACUUCUACCGCGCCCAAACCGACAACGACGAGCCCAUCGGCCGCACCUGGACCUCCUCCCGCCUGCACCAAACCAAACCGCACGUCCGCUCCGUCUCCUGGUCCAGCACCCCCGACCACGUAUCUAUCAUCGUCGAAACCCGCAUCGCACCCCCAGUCUUCGAAUGGAGCGUCAACGUCAAGUUCACCUACACAUUCACAUCCUCCCACCUCUCUAUCGCCGUAGCCGGCGAGCCCCGCGGGAACAACUUCCCCUCCAUCUUCGCCCGCAUCGGCCUCACGCUUUCACUGGCGGGCAUCGAAACAGCAGAGUGGUUCGGCCGCGGUCCGGGCGAGUCCUACCGCGACAAGAAACUCUCUCAGAAGAUCGGGAACUUCACAUCCGCCAUCGACGACCUCUUCACAGACUACGAAUUCCCCCAGGAGUCAGGGAACCGUACUGAUACGCGCUGGGUGGCGUUUAGAGGCAAGGACGGUGAUGCCGCUGCCGCUGCCGCUCCGGUUCUGAAGGCUAGUUUUGGGGAUUUGAACGAGGCGAGUUUUUCGGCGGCGCAUUAUGAUACGGCUGCGUUGGAUGAGAGUAGACAUCCGUAUGAGUUGAGGAAGAGGAGGAGGGAGGAUACGGUUGUUAGGCUGGAUUGGGCGCAUCAUGGACUUGGGACGGGGAGUUGUGGACCGAGUACGUUGCCGGAGUAUGAGUUGAAGGCGGGGAAGUUUGAGUAUGAGGUUUUGUUGGAGUAGAUUAUAUAUCGGUGGUGUUGAGUGGGCUUUGGAUGCGACCGGAUAAGAUGGGAUGAGGUGGCUGUAGGAUUGGAUAGUUUGGAGGAGUUGGUUGGAUAGAUAAGUAGAAUUUACCCUGGGUGCCAUGGUGCUUGUGGUGAAAAAAUCCGAGUCCAACUCUGCUUCAUAAUGGCCCAUUAAAUUGACAUUCAACUUCUGCUGCGGUAAGUAAGUCCAAUGCGGCACAAAUUCUGCAGUAUAUGGAAAAGAACCUAUCUGAAUACUAAACCACACUUGAAAUAGUUUGAGAAUGUCGCAUAGUACUUGAAGUUCUCUGUUUCCUCCCAGAUACCACCGGUCUCUACUUUUCUCUCGUCAAUCCAGGGCAUGCAUGCACACGUGCCCGAUGAGGGAUAUCGAGACAGUUUCCAAGGUCAAAGGUGGCUGGGAUGUUGGCUACCUAGCUUUAUUGUUAUUGGAGCAUUUGGUUCAUUCCGCCAUUGUCAAAAAGGUCAUUGGCACAAUGGCAUUGGAUUCAUACAUAAUACACGGUUUGUGACCACCUUCAACGCCUGAAAACAAACCACCAAACGCCUCCCUUUUGCAUUACCAAUUCCCUCUGAAUCCUCCUCUCCCCCUCCCACCUCUAAACCCA